AGUGCUGUCCACCAGUGUGUUUGCAGGCAGCCGGCGUACCAGCCAGAGAGUAAGGGAAAAGUGUGUUUUGUGUGUGCCUGUGUGUGUCGGUACUUGUGUGCGCGUGUGUGUGUGUGUCCGUUUGUAUUGGCAGUUGCAGUCUAUUGGCGUAGGAAGAUCCAGCCAGCCAGUGCAGUGUUUCUAAACAGGAGGACACCACCGGCUUUUCUCUCCGUCUCUCUCUCUGUCUCUGUCUCUGUCUCUCUCUCUGUCGCUCUCUCUGUCGCUCUCUCUGUCGCUCUCUCAGUCGCUCUCUCUUUCUCGGGACUGUUGCCUUUGGACUUCCCUGUGGACUAUCCCCGCGCGGUAGAAGGUGCACCUGCUCUGGUGCUGUGUUUAGCGUGUGAGCGUGUGUGGCCGUAGGCGGCGGGACACUGCCUCUCGUGUACGGGGCGGUUGGAUGAGUUCAGCUGACGAAGGCUUCGUUGCUGGAGCGUGGAGGCAGGGGAGCCAUGGAGCCCCCCACCUACUAACACACGGGUGCGGUGAGGAGUCGCGGGCGCGUCCCAUCAUCAUGUGCACGCGGGCCAGUGCUGACACCACCACAGAGGGUCGGCUCUGCUCCCGGGACGAGGAGGAGCUGGAGGAGGAGAGGGAGUCGGACAGGGACAGCGCGGUGGGGAGCACCCAGGGGUCAGACAGCUCCGAGGGGCCGGCCCGGCCGGGGGACAAGGAGGACUCCCUGGGGGAGCUCUUCAUCCCCACGCACAAGCGAGGCAACACCAGCACCUCAGUGACCUCUGACCUGUCGACCCGGUCCUCUGCCUCUCUGUACGAGGAGCAGUUUGAGGACUACGGCGUGGGGGAAGAGCCAGACUACACUCCCAGCAGCCCCAGCGCUGAAGACGAGAGCCGCACCCACAUCUACUCCGACCUGGGAUCCUCUGUCCCUUCCAGUGCGGGCCAAACUCCUCGCAAGGUGCGUCACCUGUGCCCGGGAGACCAGAUGGACGUCUACUGCUCCCAGUGCUGCAAGAAGGUCAACCUGCUGAACGACCUGGAUGCAAGGCUGAAGAACCUAAAAUCCAACAGCCCCAAUCGGAAAAUCUCCAGCACUGCCUUUGGAAGGCAGCUGCUCCAACACAGCAACUUGAGCAGUAGCCACGGCAGCACAGAAGACUUGUUCAGGGAUAGCAUUGACUCCUGUGAUUUGGACAUCAAUGAGAAGGUGGGUUUCCUUGAGAAGAAGGUGGCAGAGCUGGAGAAUGACAGUCUGCUGAGCGCCGAUCUCAAGUCCAAACUCAAACAGGAGAACACACAGCUGGUACACAGGGUGAACGAGCUAGAGGAGCAGCUGAAGGAUCAGGAGGCGCAGGCAGAGCUCAACAUGGAGGAGGAGGGGAGGCGCCACCGGGAGGCCUUCAGCAAGAUGGAGAGGGACACCAACACACACAUAGAGCUGCUGAAUAACCGAGUCCAGCAGCUGGAGGAGGAGAACAGCCACAUGUCCAGUGGCAUGUGUCGGCUCAAGAGCCAGACGGAGAAACUGGACGAGGAGAAGCAGCGGAUGACAGACAAGCUGGAGGACACCAGCCUGCGUCUGAAGGAUGAGAUGGACCUGUACAGGAAGAUGAUGGACAAGCUGAGGCAGAACAGACACCAGUUCCAGAAGGAGAAGGAGGCCAUGCAGGAGCUGAUCGAGGACCUGCGGCGGGAGCUGGAGCACCUGCAGCUGUACCAGCUGGAGACGGAGAGGCCCGGCGGGCGUGGCUCCGCCUCCGGCCUGGUCGACUUCACCAGCCGGACCCGCGAGGUGGAGCUGGAGCACGAGGUCAAGAGGCUGAAGCAGGAGAACCAGAGGCUGAGGGAGCAGAGUGAGGAGUUAAACGGACAGCUCCUCAGCCUGAGUCUCUUUGAGGCCAAGAGUCUGUUUGCAUCACAGAGCAAGGCCCAGUCCCUCGCUGCUGAGAUCGACAACGCAUCCAGAGACCAGCUCAUAAAGGCCAUAAAGGAACAGGAGGACAUCAACUUCCGUCUGCGGCAGUACAUGGACAAGAUCAUUCUGUCCAUCCUGGACCACAACCCCUCCAUCUUGGAGAUCAAGAAGUAGCAGCCUCUCACCUGGGCUGAGGAAUCACCCGGUGACGGGUUGCUAGGAUACUCGUCAUUCCACUUGUAGAAUGAACAGACACGGCAAUCCUUUGGGAGGUCUCUUUAGGGAUUUUAAGGAACUGGAGUUUUUCCCAGUGAACUGUAGAAGAGAAAAGAUUGAAAUAGACACGUGUCGCCCUCUGCUGUUGAAGGUGGGAAAAGAAGAAAAUGCCUGUGUGUUUUAUACCGGUAUUUCGGAAAAGGUAUUGACAAGGGGGAUUUCUCCACUUAGCAAUAGGAGCGGGCCAGUUUCAUACGCUGACAAACUGUCUUAAUACUGUGACUCAUCAAUACUUGCACCUGCUCUUUCUAUUUCUAUCAAAAUCAUUCUCUGCAGUUGGCAAUAACCUAUUAGCCUAGAUCUCAUAACAUAAUACUGGAUAAUUUUGUUCUGUGAAAUAUCCUUAUCUCGAAACACGAGGGCUGGCUUGACAGCUGGAACAACCUAACAAACAUGUUUUAUGAGGAACAUAGAAGGCAGUGAAUUAUCGACAAAUGAAAGAUCAUCACAUUGAGAUAGCCGAUCAGUUAGGAGGUAGCGUGACCCCCUAGCUGACCUCCCACAUGUGACCUUCAGGUGAUCUCCGGAGGACAGACUAGGUAGGUUGAUCAAGGAUGCCGAUAGGUACGUGAUUUAUAGAAGGAAAUAAAAAAUAUUGAGAAAGGAGAUGAAAACAAUGGGAUGGGGUGAGUUCAGAGAAAUGCACAAGAAAAAUCAGGGUGGAGGUAGAUGGAUUAGUGUCUUAAAGUCUUGCUUUGUUUUUGUUUUCCUGUUGUUUUUUGAGUGUCUUCCAGAAGCUUCUAUAGGCUCUUGCGCUAUCAAUCAACUGAAAGGGUGAAUUGAGUUUUGGCUAAGACCUCAGGGUUCUUUGCUUAGAAUUUACUGUUCUUAACUAAGAACCUGGUGUUCCUAGCUUAGAACUUACUGUUCUUAACUAAGAACCUGGUGUUCUUAGCUUAGAACUUAGUGUUCUUUGCUAAAAAAUUGGUGUUAGCCAACCGGAAAUGUGGGUAAACAGACACACAAACAGUCACUUUAAGAAGGGGAGAUGCACCACAGAAGGCGUCUUGGCGCUGUUGGGGGGAAGUGGUGGUCACAUUGUAUGCUGUAAAGCAAGCGAGUCACAAAACACGUGUGCAGGGGGUGUUUUGACAUGAAUGUAAUGGGAGUUAAUGAUCUUAAAUUCCACAGAUUUCAGUGAUUUAGUCCUCUUGAUAUUGAGGCUUCUCAGUAGCCAGGGUAACGUUGGUCAAGCAAUUGAUAGCGACAUACUUGAUUAAAUGUGAUUUGUUAAUAUAGAAUACGGUACUAUAAGGAUAAUGUGUGUAUUGGUCGUUUUUUAGGGUGAAAGACUGGAAUUACCAACAUUACUGUAGGCUACACUGGAAGGAUAUAGUAGGGUUUACCAUGGGGUUUCAUAAUACUGUAAAUACCAUGAAUGUAAUCACCUGAUAUUUCACCUUCUGGGGUCAUUUAACAAGAUUUCACAUUUCUGCUUUAGUAUAAGGAUACAGUAUUGUAUAGAGAGAUUAGAGUAUUACAGCGCAUUGUUAAAAAAAAAAAGAGGGAAAACUACUGUAUUAAUUGUUUUGCUUACUUGCACAAAAAAGCAGUUUGUGUUCUUUUGCAUGGUUCGCCCCUUUUUCUGUCUGUGCCUUUGGAAGACACAUUUCAACAAAAUGUUGCUAUUGCAUAACAUGUGUUUUAAGUCUGCACCUGGCUUAUUUCAUGACUUGUAAAUGUUGUACAUAAGUAGUGAAGAUUUGUAUUAACGUGCCACUCACUUCUCUUUCUUAGAUGACGAUAUGAAACCUAUUUUAUACUGUUUGGUCAAGGAAGAGUUUGUGAUAUCCUAUUGCUAGUUAAAAGAGCCGUAUGGCGAAUGCUUUGUGAGGCAAAGCUGAUUUAGCAGUUUGGGAAAAUGUUGUUGUAACAAAUGAUUUGGGACUGCAGUGUAAUUUUUGUUAACUUGUUGUUUUUUUUUACUUUGUAAUAGUUGCAAUUCAGGCGACUUUCACUUGAAUAUUCUUUGAUAUGGUCAGCAACUGUCUUCCUAACUUAAAUAAAGAAUAAAGAGCAAUAUAACUUAUUUAUCAUUCA